UUCUUUCCUCGUCUUUAAAUUCUGUUAUGGUUACCAUGCGGAUCAAAUGAGACUCGAAAGUUAAUCUCUGCGAUCAUUUUGAUCGAUUGAAAACCCACCUUAUGCAAGUCCCAUGAGGGUUAGAUCCUCACUUAAUACUUGUUUGUAGUAUUUACUCUACUUAUUCAUAAAAUCACGAGCCAUCGUAACAUUCGUGGCAUCUGGAAUACGUAUUUACAUAAUUUGGCCGAUCAUUAUCGUAGAUAAAGUUAGGUAACUGUUCAAAUUAUUCAUAAAUAUAAAUAAGUUACAAAUAACAGCUACUCCAUUGGGUUUCAGACCGAUACCGAUCAUGUUUAUAAAAGUUAUGAUUACGCCAAAACUGGAAUUAAUUUAAGUUCUCGCAGUGUCUCAGAUUCUUUACUUAGUUAAAGCGUAUGUGAAAUCUCUUUGGAUCAUGUCAAAGCACACAUUUACAUUAUUUCAGGAUUUAACCCUGAACGGCGUUAAAUUCACCGUCCCACAUUUUUGGUGUCAUAUCAAGCGAGCGAGUACAAAAAAUAAAGGUGGGAGGCGUUAUUGGGCAGAAGCUUAAAGACCAGUGAGAUACAUGGAUAUCGUUGGAUAUUGUUGCAACGUAGAGACCUGAUCGGUAGCGGCUUCUGCUGCUCCCGAAAGUAUUACAGAGUCUACCGGCGCCUGUUAAUGGUCUUAAGCGCCGAUGCGAUAAAUCCGUUUCAGUUGGUCUGAAUUUUACAAAGUAUUAUUGCCAAUUGAGUGCGAAAUUGAGGAACGUAAAGGAUUCACAGUGAAUGGUCAACGAUCACAGAAUUUGAAUUUUCAUCCUCACGUGUAAACUUUAUUAGACUACGUUAUGAGUGCCACAAAACUGGAUGCCGUCCAGGUGGAUCCCGCCGCGAGAAGUGAUGCCGAAUUUGUAAGGAAAGAUGUAAGUUUUGGACGACUUCUGCUUGGUUUUUUCGGAAUGUACUGGAGAUCGUGGAUUGUAAUAUUAUGGCCAAUAAUUCUGUGUCCAAUACUUAUAUAUCAAGAUUCAACGGCAUACAAAUGCAUGUAUGUCGUUGCAAUCAUGGCAUUGUACUGGGUAACCGAAGCACUGCCUCUACCGGUAACUUCCUUUAUACCCAUUGUGCUUUUCCCGUUGAUGGGAAUUUUGAACACAAGCGACACAACCACGUGUUACCUCAACGAUACAACGAUGAUGUUCAUAGCAAGUAUCGUUAUAGCUACUGCAAUUGAACAUUCGGGACUUCACUUGCGCGUCGCAUUCACCAUUAUUCGGCUUGUCGGGUGUAGCCAUAGAAGAUUAACUCUUGGUAUUUUUCUGGUCACUAUGUUCAUUUCGUUGUGGAUUUCAAACACUGCAACUACGGCCAUGAUGGUUCCAAUUAUUGAAACUGUACUAAUGGAAUUAGAAUCUCAAGGUUUGGGAAAAAUGUUUAUCGAAGACGCAAAUGAUACCGAAGGCAAUGAAGACGGUCAACCCGCAAAAAAACCGACGAAUGUUACGAUGACUUACUAUUUCAUCGCGGCUUAUGCAUCUAGCAUCGGUGGUAUCGGUACUAUGGUGGCCACUGGUUCCAAUUUAACGCUUAAAGGAAUUUAUGAAUCCCGUUUUCCAGACAGCCCAGGAAUCAAUUUUUCUGAUUGGAUGUGUUACGCGAUUCCGCCUAUGCUUCUUUCCGGAUUCUUAGUCUGGUUGUGGCUGCAAGUAAUGUACAUGGGAAUGUUUCGACCAAACUGCAAAGACUCUAAGGCAAUAAAUAUUGGUCCAGAGGGUGAAAAAGUUGCGAAAAGAAUUAUCGAACAAAAAUACAGAGACCUAGGGCCGAUCACGUGGCACGAAUUAUCUGUUGCCGUUUUAUUCGUUUUCGUAAUUCUUUUGUGGUUCUUCAGGAAUCCCGGAUUUGUUACAGGGUGGCCCGAUUAUAUCACGGAGAUGUCUGUUAAAGAUUCUACCGCAGCAAUGUUAGUCAUAAUCCUCAUGUUUAUACUUCCAUCAAAAUUGGAGUUUCUCAAUGCAUUCAGUAAGGAUUCAAGCAAAUAUCCGACAAAGUCAAGUCAGGGUUUAAUAACUUGGAAACUAAUUCAAACAAAAAUGCAUUGGGGUUUGCUGUUCGUUCUUGGCGGUGGUUUUGCAAUAUCCCAGGGAAGUACAUCCUCGGGACUCUCGGAUUUACUAGGGAACGCAUUAUCUGGCUUGGAGUCUCUACCCCCAGUAGCUACUUUAUUUGUGAUUUGUCUCAUAAUUCAGACGGUUACAGAGUUUACCGCCAACGUUGCUAUUGCCAACAUUGUAUUACCUGUAGUUGCCGAAUUGUGUGUAGCGAUAAAGCUGCAUCCGUUAUAUCUGAUGCUACCAGCUACUUUUUGUUGCUCGUUUUCGUUCCACUUACCAGUUGGAACACCGCCAAAUGCUAUUGUAAGUGCUGCCGGGCAUAUAAAAACCAAAGAUUUCAUAGUAGCUGGUAUUGGACCAACUCUAAUCACGCUGAUUGUGGUAACUGUUUCAUUUCCGACCUGGGGAAAUGUAAUUUUCAACGCCAACGAAUUCCCAUCUUGGGCAGAAUCGUAACUGCCAUCGAGGACAAACACGGUAGACAUUAGUUUUUUUUGCAUAAAAGCUUGAGUAGACUGACGACUGUUGUGACUAUUUAAGUUUUCUGACAAACGUUAAUACCUGAUUAUUCUGUCGCGCACGCUCAGUGAGCCAAGUCGGGACGCGUUGCGUUAUGUUUUCAUCAAAAAGUUUGCAUAAGCAAAUUGUAUGGUUCAACGAUCUAGUUCGACAGCCUCGCAAUUUGUUUAUCCUGUUUGUAUAUCCAAAUUAGAAUUUUAAAGCAAGUUAGUGUAGUUAGUAAGACCAUAGCGCCAACGUCAAUAUCUAAUAUCCGAUUACAGUCAUGAAUGACAUAUACAAUUCCGGUUGUAUGAAGGUACGCAGUGCGUGUUCACAAUAUAUUAUUUUUACUUCACUCUAUUAAGCGUGGAACCCCAGGAUAAUACAUUUAUGUAUUCAAUACCUGAUCGGACUUGUCCUGACCGGUCUCUGGAUUAGAUUUGAAAUAAAUCUGUUCAAAAAGGGAGGAGUAAAUUGGGAUGUCAAAGCACCUAAA